AUGCCUACAGCAAUCUCAAUUAACAGAGCUGGUAAAGUUAGAAGCCACACACCUGUUUGCCCAAAGAAGAUAAAACCAAAGGCAAAGAAUGGCAGAGCAUCCAUUAGAGCUAAAUAUAUGAAGAGAUUAGAAAUGGGAUAUUUUGACAUGAAGGGAAAAGUUAAGAUGAACAUUAAUACUCCAAGGAAUUAA